AUGAUGGACUUGGGCUCUGAUCCUGCCGGCUUGGUUGCCCGUUACGCCCAUAUUUUCAUGGUCCGAUUGGGAACCGACCGGUCUGAUGUCACGAAUCAUAACUCCGAAUCAUCGCGGUUCAGAAGUCUUCACCGAGUCUGCCUGUGCGCUUUUGUUGGAGGUAUAGCCCGCAGAGCUGGACGUGUAGGUUUAGGUCUUGAGACAGGUGAGGUCACAAGCAACGCAUCUCUAUGCGUCUCUAUGUCCCUAUCACGAAAGACAGAAUAG